AAGACCAAGAACCUUUUAGUACCAGUGCAUUGUCAUCACCACCCCAUCUGUCCCUCCUCUCUCUUGAAGCAUCACAAAUUUUUAAAUUUUAAUUCAACUACGUAGAAUUUGACUGCAUCCCAGACUUGUGCUUUCGCCUUCUGGUGUCUGUAGAAGUUUUCAGUGCAUUUCAACUCCAAUUCUUGAAGAUAAUGCUACCCAGAAGCCAAUUAGAUUGAAUUGUUUGACUGUCCGUUUCUCAAAGUUUGGAGCUUUUUGGGCGGGUUUUUAAGGUGGUGCAGCAUGUCAGAAGCCCAAAGGCAGCCUUUGGUGGGUGGUACUAAUCACAGUAAUGGGUACAUGAAUGGUGCAAUAUCAUUUAGGUCUCCCAGUACUGUGUCUAUUGUUGAUGAAUUCUGUCGUGCACUUAGUGGAAAGAGACCAAUCCAUAGUAUCUUAAUUGCAAACAAUGGAAUGGCUGCUGUUAAGUUUAUAAGGAGUAUCAGAGCAUGGGCUUAUGAGACAUUUGGCACAGAGAAGGCAAUUUUGCUAGUUGCAAUGGCUACACCGGAGGACAUGAAAAUAAAUGCAGAGCAUAUACGGAUAGCUGAUCAAUUUGUAGAAGUACCUGGUGGAACCAACAAUAAUAACUAUGCCAAUGUUCAGCUUAUAGUUGAGAUGGCAGAGAUUACACAUGUAGAUGCAGUUUGGCCUGGAUGGGGUCAUGCAUCUGAGAGUCCCGAACUGCCAGAUGCUUUGGGUGCAAAAGGCAUAAUAUUCCUUGGGCCUCCUGCCACAUCUAUGGGUGCUUUGGGAGAUAAAAUUGGUUCAUCACUGAUUGCACAAGCUGCUGAAGUACCUACCCUUCCAUGGAGUGGUUCUCAUGUGAAAAUUCCUCCAGAAAGCUGCUUGGUCUCUAUUCCCGAAGAUAUAUAUAGUGAAGCUUGUGUUUACACCACAGAAGAAGCAAUUGCUAGUUGUCAAGUUGUGGGAUACCCUGCAAUGAUUAAGGCAUCUUGGGGUGGUGGUGGUAAAGGCAUUAGAAAGGUCCAUAAUGACGAUGAAGUUAAGGCACUGUUCAAGCAAGUACAGGGUGAAGUUCCAGGAUCCCCAAUAUUUAUUAUGAAGGUUGCUUCCCAGAGCCGGCAUUUAGAGGUCCAAUUGCUCUGUGAUCAGUAUGGCAAUGUUGCAGCUCUUCACAGCCGUGAUUGUAGUGUUCAAAGGAGACACCAGAAGAUUAUUGAGGAAGGCCCAAUAACUGUAGCUCCUUUAGAGACUGUGAAAAAACUUGAGCAGGCUGCUAGAAGAUUAGCCAAAUGUGUUAAUUAUGUAGGAGCAGCAACUGUUGAGUAUCUCUACAGUAUGGAAACUGGGGAGUACUACUUCUUGGAGCUCAAUCCACGGUUACAGGUGGAGCACCCGGUGACUGAGUGGAUAGCUGAAGUAAAUCUUCCUGCAGCCCAAGUCGCUGUUGGGAUGGGUAUUCCUCUAUGGCAAGUUCCAGAAAUAAGGCGUUUCUAUGGGAUGGAGCAUGGUGCUGGAUACGAUGCUUGGAGGAGAACAUCAGUUGUUGCUACUCCAUUUGAUUUUGACCAGGCAGCGUCUACAAGGCCGAAAGGUCAUUGUGUUGCUGUUCGUGUUACAAGUGAGGAUCCUGAUGAUGGUUUUAAGCCUACCAGUGGGAAAGUACAGGAGCUGAGUUUUAAAAGCAAACCAAACGUGUGGGCAUACUUUUCUGUCAAGUCUGGAGGAGGUAUCCAUGAAUUUUCUGAUUCUCAAUUUGGACAUGUUUUUGCAUUUGGAGAGUCAAGAGCCCUGGCUAUUGCAAACAUGGUUCUUGGGUUGAAGGAAAUACAAAUUCGAGGAGAGAUUCGUACAAAUGUCGAUUACACAGUUGAUCUAUUACAUGCUUCAGAUUAUAGAGAGAAUAGAAUCCACACUGGCUGGUUGGACAGUAGAAUCGCAAUGAGGGUUAGAGCAGAAAGGCCACCUUGGUAUCUGUCUGUGGUUGGAGGUGCUCUUUAUAAAGCUUCUGCUAGUAGUGCAGCUGUGGUUUCAGAAUAUAUUGGUUAUCUUGAAAAAGGACAAAUUCCUCCAAAGCAUAUUUCACUUGUCAACUCCCAAGUUUCAUUGAACAUUGAAGGAAGCAAGUACAUGAUAAGUAUGGUUAGAGGUGGACCAGGAAGUUACAAAUUGAGGAUGAAUGAAUCAGAGAUUGAAGCAGAAAUACAUACUUUGCGGGACGGAGGUUUAUUAAUGCAGCUGGAUGGGAACAGUCAUGUUAUAUAUGCGGAGGAGGAAGCAGCUGGGACUCGCCUUCUAAUUGAUGGGAGGACUUGCUUGCUUCAGAAUGAUCAUGAUCCAUCAAAGUUGGUAGCAGAGACACCAUGCAAGUUGCUAAGGUAUUUGGUUGCUGAUGGCAGCCGUGUUGAUGCUGACACGCCUUAUGCAGAGGUUGAGGUCAUGAAGAUGUGUAUGCCCCUUCUCUCACCUGCCUCUGGAAUUAUCCAUUUCAAGAUGUCGGAUGGUCAAGCUAUGCAGGCUGGUGAACUCAUAGCAAGACUUGACCUGGAUGAUCCUUCUGCUGUAAGAAAAGCAGAACCCUUCCAUGGGAGUUUCCCAGUUCUUGGACCACCAACUGCUAUCUCGGGAAAAGUUCAUCAAAGGUGUGCUGCAAGUUUGAAUGCAGCUCGGAUGAUUCUUGCAGGAUACGAGCAUAACUUUGGUGAAGUGGUUCAGAACUUGUUAAGCUGCCUGGACAAUCCUGAGUUGCCUUUCCUUCAAUGGCAAGAAUGCUUUGCUGUUCUGGCAAAUCGACUUCCCAAGGAGCUUAGACAUGAAUUGGAAGCAAAAUACAAGGAGCAUGAAGGUAUCUCGAACUUGCAGAAUGUUGACUUUCCUGCAAAAAUUCUCCGAGGUGUAAUUGAGGCCCACCAAAUGUCCUGCCCUGACAAAGAGAAAGGAGCUCAGGAUAGACUAGUUGAACCAUUACUCAUUCUUGUCAAAUCUUAUGAAGGUGGAAGAGAAAGUCAUGCCCGUGUUAUAGUUCAAUCUCUGUUUGAAGAAUAUUUAUCUGUUGAAGAACUAUUUAGUGACAACAUCCAGGCUGAUGUAAUUGAGCGGCUUCGCCUUCAGCAUAAGAAAGAUCUGUUGAAGGUUGUGGACAUUGUUCUUUCUCAUCAGGGUAUCAAGAGCAAGAACAAGUUGAUAUUGCGUCUCAUGGAACAACUUGUAUAUCCAAAUCCUGCUGCAUACAGGGAUAAACUAAUUCGUUUCUCAACGCUCAAUCAUACCAAUUACUCUGAGUUAGCUUUAAAGGCAAGUCAAUUGCUUGAGCAAACAAAGUUGAGUGAACUUCGCUCUAACAUUGCCAGAAGUCUUUCUGAGUUAGAAAUGUUUACUGAAGAUGGUGAAAACAUGGAUACUCCAAAGAGAAAAAGUGCCAUAAAUGAAAGAAUGGAGGCACUUGUAAGUGCUCCUUUAGCAGUUGAAGACGCUCUAGUUGGUCUUUUUGAUCAUAGUGAUCACACGCUUCAGAGGAGGGUUGUAGAAACUUAUGUUCGUAGGUUGUACCAGCCCUAUCUUGUAAAAGGUAGUGUUAGAAUGCAGUGGCACAGAUCUGGACUUAUUGCUUCAUGGGAGUUCCUGGAAGAGCAUAUAGAGAGGAAGAACUGGUAUCAAGAUCAGACACUAGAGAAACCAUUACUUGAGAAACAUAGCGAUAGGAAAUGGGGAGCCAUGGUUAUCAUCAAGUCUUUCCAGUUACUGCCAACAAUUUUAACUGCUGCACUAAGGGAAACAACACACAGUCCGCAGACAACAACAUCCAAGGGAUCUAUUCUACCAGCUAGCCAUGGUAACAUGAUGCACAUUGCAUUGGUGGGCAUUAACAACCAGAUGAGUAUGCUUCAGGACAGUGGUGAUGAAGAUCAGGCUCAAGAAAGAAUAAACAAGUUGGCAAAAAAAUUAAGAGAACAAGAAGUAAGCUUUAGUCUGAGAAGUGCAGGUGUAGGCGUAAUCAGCUGUAUCAUACAAAGAGAUGAAGGUCGGGGCCCAAUGAGGCACUCUUUUCACUGGUCAGCAGAAAAACAGUAUUAUGAAGAAGAACCUCUAUUGCGCCACCUGGAGCCUCCUCUAUCCACAUACCUUGAACUGGACAAACUUAAGGGUUAUGACAAAAUACAAUAUACACCAUCCCGUGACCGUCAGUGGCAUCUGUACACAGUUGUGGAUAAGCCUGUUCCAGUUCAGAGAAUGUAUCUCAGAACUCUUGUCAGGCAGCCUACAUCAAAUGAUAGUUUAACAGUUUAUCAAGGAUUAGACAAGGAAAGGAGUCAAUCUCUGUGGGCUAUAUCGUUUACAUCAAGGAGCAUUUUGCGGUCACUGGUGUCUGCAAUGGAGGAACUUGAACUGCAUGUCCAUAAUACUACUGUCAAAUCUGACCAUGCUCAUAUGUAUCUUUAUAUUUUACAGGAGCAACAAAUAGAUGAUCUGUUACCCUACAACAAGAGGGUGGACAUUAACGAUGGGUGUGAGGAAGCUAUAGUUGAGAAAAUCUUGCAAGAGCUGGCACAUGAGAUUAAUACAUCUAUUGGUGUGAGAAUGCAUCGUUUAGGUGUUUGUCAGUGGGAGGUGAAGCUUUGGAUAUCAUCUGAAGGAGAAGCAAAUGGUGCUUGGAGGGUGGUUGUUGCAAAUGUGACAGGACACACUUGUAUUGUGCAUGUAUACCGCGAAGUGGAAGACCCUACUGAACACAAAGUUGUCUACCAUACAAUAACUGAGAGGGGCCCUUUGCACGGUGUCCCUGUUAAUGCAUCAUAUCAGCCUUUGGGGGUAUUGGAUCGGAAACGCCUUUUAGCCAGGAAAAGCAACACCACUUACUGCUAUGAUUUCCCGCUGGCAUUUAAAGCUGCCUUGGAGAUGGCUUGGUCAUGCCAACAUUUAGGGCAUAAAAGGCCUGAGGAUAAAGUUAUCCUCGAAGUGACAGAGUUAAUUUUUGCUAACACUGGAGGUAAUUGGGGUACUCCUCUUGUUUCUGUGGAGCGGCAGCCUGGGCUCAAUGAUGUUGGCAUGGUAGCCUGGAGCAUGAAAAUGUCUACACCUGAGUUUCCUUCUGGACGGACAAUUCUUGUUAUAGCAAAUGAUGUGACCUUUAAAAAUGGAUCCUUUGGCCCGAGGGAGGAUGCAUUUUUCCAAGCAGUGACUGAGGUCGCCUGCAGUCUAAAACUGCCUUUAAUAUACUUGGCGGCCAAUUCUGGUGCUCGUAUUGGUGUCGCUGAAGAAGUAAAAUCUUGCUUCAGAGUGGGGUGGUCUGAUGAAUCAAUCCCUGAGCGCGGCUUCCAGUAUGUAUAUUUAACUCCUGAAGAUUAUGCUCGGAUCGGAUCAUCUGUAAUAGCACACGAAACAAAAAUGACUAAUGGAGAAUCACGGUGGGUAAUAGAUUCCAUUUUGGGGAAAGAGGAUGGUUUAGGGGUUGAGAACUUAAGCGGCAGUGGAGCCAUUGCCAGUGCAUACUCACGAGCAUACAAGGAAACCUUCACCCUAACAUAUGUGACAGGCAGAACAGUGGGCAUAGGUGCUUAUCUUGCUCGGCUAGGUAUGCGGUGCAUACAAAGGCUUGAUCAGCCUAUUAUCCUGACUGGUUUUUCGGCAUUAAAUAAGCUUCUGGGUCGGGAGGUAUAUAGCUCCCACAUGCAACUUGGUGGACCAAAAAUUAUGGCAACCAAUGGAGUAGUUCAUCUGACAGUUUCAGAUGAUCUUGAAGGGGUAUCAGCUGUUUUAAAAUGGUUGAGCUUCAUUCCUCCUUACUCAGGGGGUCCACUUCCACUGUUGCCCCCCUUGGAUCCUCCAGAGAGACCUGUUGAAUAUCUGCCAGACAAUUCAUGCGAUCCACGUGCUGCUAUAUGUGGUGCUUCAGAUGGCAGUGGAAACUGGUUGGGGGGGAUAUUCGACAGGGACAGCUUUGUCGAAACAUUGGAAGGCUGGGCAAGAACUGUUGUUACUGGAAGGGCAAAGCUUGGAGGAAUCCCCGUAGGAAUAGUUGCUGUUGAGACUCAAACGAUGAUGCAAGUCAUCCCUGCAGAUCCUGGGCAGCUCGAUUCCCAUGAAAGGAUUGUCCCUCAAGCAGGCCAAGUAUGGUUUCCUGAUUCUGCCACAAAAACAGCUCAAGCAUUAAUUGAUUUCAACAGGGAAGAGCUGCCACUUUUCAUUCUUGCAAACUGGAGAGGCUUUUCAGGCGGACAGAGGGACCUUUUUGAAGGCAUCCUUCAAGCUGGAUCGAAUAUUGUCGAGAACCUUAGAACAUAUAAACAACCUGUUUUCAUAUACAUACCUAUGAUGGGUGAGCUCCGUGGUGGAGCAUGGGUUGUUGUGGAUAGUAAGAUCAACCCUGACCAUAUCGAGAUGUAUGCAGAACGAACUGCUAAGGGAAAUGUUCUUGAGCCAGAAGGUCUAAUUGAGAUUAAGUUCCGGACAAAAGAGCUGCUGGAAUGCAUGGGUAGGCUUGAUCAGCAGCUGAUUGGUUUAAAAGCAAAACUUCAGGAGGUGAAGAGCACUGAAGCUGUAGAUGGCCUGCAGCAACAGAUAAAGGCUCGAGAAAAACAGCUUUUGCCAGUUUACACACAGAUUGCUACAAAAUUUGCAGAACUGCAUGAUACGUCAUUUAGAAUGGCUGCAAAAGGGGUAGUCAGAAAAGUUGUAGAUUGGGCAGAUUCCCGUUUUUUCUUCUAUAGAAGAUUGUACCGGAGAGUUGUUGAGGACUCACUGAUAAGGACAGUAAGAGAUGCUGCAGGCGACCUGCUGACUUACAACUCUGCAAUGGAUAUGGUAAAGAAGUGGUUUAUGGAUUCUGAGUUUUCAGGAGGUAAACCAGAUGCUUGGACGAAUGAUGAGGCUUUCUUCUCAUGGAAGGAUGAUUUCAGCAAUUACGAAGAAAAGUUGCAGGAGUUGCGUGUGCAGAAAGUGCUGCUUCAAUUAACAAAGAUCGGUGAUUCAGCACUGGAUUUGCGUGCUCUACCUCAAGGUCUUUUUGCCCUGCUACAGAAGGUAGAAGAGCCAUCCGCUAGAGAACAAUUGGUUGGCGAACUACGAGCAGUGUUUAAUCGAUCAAGCAAUUCAUAACAAGUCAAUAGUCGAAUUUGAACACCAAAGUAAAGCUCAUUUUGCUCCUUGGAUGAGUUCAUUGCUGAUCAUUAGUCUACUGAAUUCCGUGCUUUAAUGUCAAAAGCCCCAUGAUGGUGGCUUGAAAUGGUUGGCGCAAGAUGCAAAAUGAUCAAGUAGCGGUCUACUUAAUAAGAUGAAACUUGACAGGUUUUGGUCGUCCAAAAAAUAUUGAAAGGGAAACGUAAGAUUCCAAAGCAGUGAGUAUAGCAAAGUGUAUAUAGUGUAAUUUGUCUGAGAGAAAUAUUAGUAGUAUUCCAUUCUUUGACCAGAGAAGAAACAGAGUGCCAUUGGCGGUGAAUUUUCAAUUUCAUUAUCAUCAUUUCAUUGUUAGCGGAACAAAUUACAUGUAACUGAUCAUAAACCAUCUUUCAUCUUAUUACAAAGCAGUGUACUUUUAAGAAAGCCU